AUGCAGGAGCGGGAGAAUGCGGGGAACCCGGACCCCGAGUCUCAGCCGCCGGGUCACGGCGCGCUGGAAAGCCCCGACCGGACGCCGAGUCCGCCAAAGUGCGUUCCUGUCCCGGAGCGCUCCGGGCGCAGCGGGCUUCCCGAGGAAAACUUGGCGCCAGAGUGCUGGGGCGCUCCGCGCUCUUCUGGGCACCCCGGGAACACGGGGCCCGGGAGCGGGGGUCGGCCAACGCUUUGGGGCCGCGUCUUACUGGGCUCCGGGCCCCCGCUCGUCCCCCCAGCUGGCCAGGGCUUGGAGGAGGGAAAGAAACGGGUAGAUUCUUGAUGGAAAAAAAAAAUCUGGGCAGUGGUUCCCGGGUUCUCCCUCCCCCCCCCGCCGCCUCGCCCUCUCCCCGUCGCCCUCCCAGGCCUUCCCAGCAGAUUUUGUCCGAGGAAUCCGCUCCCCCUCCCGGAAUCUCCGCUGCAGGAACGCUGCCCGGGAGGGGGAGGGCGGGCGGAGGGGCCGAGGAAUCUUCGACGUGUCACUUUCUGAGGCUGUAGAUUUCCAUAUGGUGGAGGGGAGGAGGGCGGGUGUGCGAAGUGGGGCUGGAAGUUGGGGCCGCCUCUCCGCGCCAGGCGGGGCGGGCCGGGACCUCCGACCCGGGGAUGCUCGCGGGGAGGGUCCCGAGCCCGCGCCGGCCCCCAGCCCAGGCCAGGCCUCUCAGGGACACUCCCCGCCUCGCCGCUGGCCACCUCCGUGCGCGCCACGUCCUCCCUCCCCGUCCUGCCCCCCGGGCUCCCCCCGGGCUGGGGGCGGUAACCGGCGGCUGCGGCCGGACUCGGCGAGCAGGCGGCUGGAAGCUCGGGCGGGGGAGUGGGGCGCGGCGGGAAGGAGCGGGCGACCGGGUGUGUGGGCCAGCGUAGCUCCGGUCAGUCGGUCACCCCGAGGGGCGCCCGGGCCGGGGUGGGGCCGGCGGGCGGAAUCCGUGCCCAGAGGCGACCGGGAGGGGCCGCGCGGACCGUCUGGUGCCCGCGGUGGGGCGGGGGCCGGCCGGCGUGGGAAGGGCCUGUCACUCUGGGCGGAAAGUGGGGCCUCGGGCUGUGCCCGCGAACUUUCCCAAAGGCCCGGUCCCGGCGCCCCGUGGGAGCCCGAGCACCCGGGCCCGGUGUCUCUGGAGACUGGGUUGGGCCGCCCGGAGGCGCCGUUGGCCGGGAGGCUUCCACGAGUGCGCGGUUGGAGUUGGAGCUUUUCGAACCUCAAUUCCCACCCUUCUAUCCCUGACGAAGGGAAGCAAUGGCAUUUUAUCCAGACAGUGCCGUUUGCGGACUUACUUAAAAGUUAAAACUUUUUAUAUUUUAUAUUCUCAUCAGUCCAGCGUGUUCUUGAAACAAAAUUUGGAAUUUGGCCGCGACGGGCCAACGCUGGGGCCCCAGAUCCACACGUUUCUCUCUCCAUCCCUGUUGGUUUCUAGUCUUCCUCCCCAUCUUCCAUCCAGGGUUAAUCAUAUUUUGGGACAGGCGAGGUCGUUUGUUCGGUGGGCACCCCCUGAUUGCUUGUAUGUUUAUUUUUUAAUGUUCAGUUAUUUGAUUUGAAUUUCCUCCAGUUUCCAGGCCCUGGUGGGGAAAGCUAAGGAAGAGGGAAUACGCCACCUUUUUUUUUUUUUUUUUUUUAAUGUGGAGAGAGGUGGGGCAUUGGAAAAGGGGAGGCACGGUGGUUGUAGGCAGAGAGUGAGAGGGAGCAGACAGACCCGGAAGAAAAGGAAUCUGCUCUGGAAUAACACUUUUUUUUUUUUUUUUUGGAGGCUUCUGGCCUCGGGCAAAAAUGCACCGCUCUGUUCUCAUUUCUACUGCCUGAGUUGCUCUUCACUCUCAAGUUAACGCUGUGACUCUGGGGCCCUGGACAACGCCCGGGGGAAGAGACCCGCAGCCACAGCCAAGAGCAGCCCGUGGCCCUGGUUUUGUGCCUUGCAUGGGGCCCCGUGGUCCCUGAUUGGAAGCGGCCUCUGUGGAACCAGCGUUCAGUAAAUUUCUUGGCUCCCGGGGAGCAGCUGUUAACGAGGGUAAAGUCUUUGGGCAUGCUUCUGGUCCUGCAAGGGGACUCCCCCCUAUAAGGGUGUAAUUCUCACUUUGUUUAGACGCUAGAGGGUCACCCACAAGCUGGCUAAGAAUGAGGCAUAGCUGGUAGAAAGAAAAAGUCUCUAAAAAAUGGUACUUAGACUCGUAUGUGCUUUUAAAGUGUUUUGGCUUAAAUGCUUGUAAGAGAAAAAAAUUCUACGUGAAGAUAGCGUUCAUUUUAAAAGAGAUCUUAAAACUGCAAGGUACUAUCAUGGAAUAGGAGGUUGUAGCUUCUAAUUACAGUAUGUACAAUAUCAGAAAGAUAUUCCAGUAACCUUUUAAGACAGACCUUAUAAAUAGCUCACAUCAGACCAUGGGCUGGCUGUAUUGGAGAGCCAGUCUUCCAGGGUUUCUAGAGGAAUGCUUGGGAUCCGUUAGGAAGCUGGCUGUAGGAGCCUGAGUAGUAGUUUACUCGGUAGGAGUUUGUGCCCCUUUUGCUUAACACUUCAUUUUAUGUGGUAAAAUUUGAUAACGUCCUUAGAACUGAAAACCUGAAGAACUUCCCAGCUUUUCAGUUUUAGGAAAAUGAGGCCCAGGGAGGGGAAGUGACUUGUUUGGUAUUGGCAAUCAGAGAUUAAAAUCCAAUACAGAAUUGUAUUAAUAGCUACUCUUUUUUAGCUAUCUAAUGUGUACUAAGUACUGUGUAUUGUGUUUUUUAUAUAUUAUCUCAUUACAAUUCUAAUCUUUCAAUUUAGGUGAUGUUAAGGACAUUUUAUAGACAAGGCAUUGAGGUUCACAGAAAUUUAGUAACUUGUGUAAGAUUACAUAGAAUUUUCUUCUGUAAUGCAAAUGGUUUUAUAUCUGCUGUCCAGUAUGGCAGCCACCAGGCACGUGUAGCUGUUGUACCAUUUAAAAUGUGGCUAGUUCGAUGGAGGAACUGCAUUUUAAAUUGUAUUUACUUUUAAUUAUCUUAAACUGCUACUUGUGGCUAGUGGUUAGGUACCAUAUUGGGGAUUGCAACGUAGAACUUUCUGACUCUCAAAUCUAUUCACGUUUAUUGCUUAUUUAUUGCUUUUAAGAUCUUGUAAUUCAGUUUUCUUCCUUCCAUACCACCAGAGGAAGAUUAUAUUCAACUCUUAAGUGGAAUUUAAAUACUGGAUUACCUAUAGCUCAAAAACAAGCAAAAAAUGUUUUUUUAAAAAUACUUGAAUGUCAUGGUAAAAACUGAUAGAAAAAAACUUUGUGACAUUUUCUGUUUGAUUGAAAUAACUGCCUAUAGGAAUUGCUGAGAAGGUAGUUAGAGCUUCUUGGUUAUUUCAAUGUAAUAAAAGUAUAAGUAGGGAGCAGCAUGAAAAAUCACUGAUGGGGAGUUGAAAAAAAAUUACCCCUGAUAUCCAUGGUUACCUGUUAAUUCGGUGAUUCUUUUCAAAUGUCUUCAUUCAGGUAAAUAAUAUAGCCAAACUAUCACUCACUUUUCCUUAACUAGCUGCACAAUUAAUCUGAAGAAUUAAAAUCAUUGCUUUACUACCAGAGAAUGAAAUUCAAAUAUAAAGCACUAGAUCUGUCUGUGAAUUGGGAAGAAUAUGUUUAAGAUUGAAACAAACAGCAAGAAAGAUUCUUUAGGUGGCAUAUGGUCAAAUAGUUUUCUAAUUAGUGGAUUUAAUUUAAAUCUGUUACAUUUUAGAAUUUAUUUGGUAGAAGGAAUUUCAACAACUUUUUGAUUUUAUAUGAAAUAGUGAAAAUUCCAACUCAUGUUAAAGUAAGCAUUCAUUUAUGUGGAUUUCAUCCAUAAAUAUCCAGUAACCCAAUACCUUUUUCUUUCUGGUUUUUUUUUUUAUGCAUACUGCUUUCAGGAAAAGACAGAUGAUAAAGUAAUCUCUUUUUAUUAGGAUUUUAAGAGCAGUAACUUCCAGAUUCAUUAUAAAUAUAUCUGAAUCUGCUGUAUCUUUCAUAGUUACUGUACUGCUCAGGGAUAAUUGCAGCUCAUAAUCCUGACCCUAGAGCAUUAUAUGAUCCUGAAAGACCUACACAAGUAAAUCAGCUUUAAAUUGUUCUAUAUUAUUUUAGUGUUAUGUGAAUUGCAUGGCCUCCAGCUCUGAAAAUUAUAAAUUCAACUAAAGGUGAGGCAUCAGUUAGACAAUCAGAUAGCUGAAAAACCCUUUCAUACCCAUUCCUGACUAUUGGGAUCAUAGUUAUUUUCAAGGAACCAACAUAAGAACCAUGUUAUUGGACUAUAGUGUUCUUGUGAGUGUGACAAAUAUUGGAAACAUGAUUUAACUCAGGAUGUAUGGUUCCAUUUUUAGGACAUCAAGGUGCUUAGUACAAAUGAGACGUAAUUUAAAAGAUAAAGAUAUCGAAAUGAUUGGCAAAGAUUAGAAAUCUUAUACCCUCUGGUGCAGGCCACAUCUGAGUAUGGGUUUGAAAUCAGAAUAUCUUAUCUGUCAAGGACUUAGUUUACUUCUUGGCUGUGUGUCCCUGUUAGACUACUGAACCUCUCAGUCUGGGUUUCCUCAUUUUAGUAUAAGGCGAAAACAUCUCACCUGUACCAUUUAUCAGGUGGUUGUCACAAGGGAUUAAUGAGUCAGUGUAUUGAAAAGUGUUUAGCAAAGCCUUAUACAAACUCCAUAGUUCAUUAUAUUCCAAAGUUUAAAAACUGAGCUGUUCUUACAGUAUUACUUUGUAUGUUUUCAGAGACCUCCAAAAUGUGUUUGGCCACUUUGAAAAGUGGUUUAUUUUUUCCUUUGUGACGAGUAAAUAAAGUUUCAAUCUUUAGAUAGCAGUUUCAUUUUCUCCCUACUCUUAAUGUAAUAGUUGAUCUGUGACCUCUCAAAAGUUGUCUUUCCUUACAUGUGGUCCGUAGCUCGUUAGCAUUGCUGAAGUGGACAAGGCAGUCUGCUUGAUUCAGGGUCAUUCUUGAGGUGGAGGGGACAAAGUGCAAUCUCUUAUUAGAGGAACUUCCAAAGCAAUGAUAGAGGCAUAGGCUUUAGUUCCUGUAUAUUAUCUUAGUAAGCCUGUUAUUUGAGCUUUCAAUAAUUAUAGCUGAGAAGGGGGGAAAAGAAUCAUUUUCUGUGUAGGGGAAUCUUUGCAUCCUACCUCUGUUUUCACUUUAGAAAUCACAAUUGCCUUUUCUUCACUUUAACAAGGUUAAUCCAUUCAAUGAGAGUUUUUUGUGUUAAGACAUUUUCAAGCAAACCUUAAUUCUCAUCCUUAACAGCUGUUGGGAAUGCACUUAGGUGGUUGAGGAGAAGCUUUAUUCUUUAGUUGACAUUGAAUGCCUUUGAAUAUAGGAAAAUAUUCAUAAGCCCACACUUUUUUUUUUUAACCUUAAAAUACACAGUAUGGUACAGUAUUAAUGUGUUUUUUAAACGGCAGAGAAUGCUUCAAUCACUGUGGCUAGACAGAGGCAGGUUUCUGUGGAAGCCAAAUAUAGGCUCACUUGGGAGGAUGACUUGAGGUUGGUACUUGAACUCUUUGCAAGGUACAGCCAAUGAGAGGCUGAUCUCUAGUCACAAGCUUACCCAGAGGGGAAUUGUUUAUGGUGCAGGUUUAGUGUCAAGGAUGAGUCCUUGGAGACCAGAGGUAUGUGGGGUUGGAAUUGGGGGUUGGGAGGUUUUUAAACCACCAGGUGUAAAUCAGGUAAGAUAGACUAUAAUGAUCAACUAUUACAGGUGGGGAGGUUUCUCAGUUUAAAAAUGGAUCAGUCCUUGAAUCUCUUUUUGUCCCUACUUGAGAUAUGCAAGUUUAGCAUUCUGAAACACCUGGAUUGUAAUUUCAUUGGCUGAUGAGAUGUCUUUGGCAAUACUCCCUGUCGGUUCAGUCACUGGCUCCUAAUAUCUUUUGUUUCUAUAAUAUUACAACUGCUUGUCAGUUUUUAAGUAACUGGAGGGAGGAGAUUUUAGUGAGACGGUGUUCGGCAAAAGCUAGCAUUAUUUGAGAUUCUAGUAGGUAUCUUUAAAAUGUCCCGUGUGUUAAAUGAUUAUGUUUGAUUUUAAAAUGUAAUUUUAUUUCAUUCACUUGUUUAUUGACUCAGGAGGCACUUACUGAGUUCUAAACUGGGUUCUUAAUGGAAUAUUCUUAUGCUGUCCUGACUUUUUGGCAAAUGCAAGACAUUUUUCUGUUUACUUAUAGGGGUAUUUUGCUCAUAUUUUUGGAAUGUAGUAUAGAGAGCUGUGUCUACCACCAGACUCCUAGAGCAGGAUGGUGAUAACUUCAGUCCUUUGCUCCUUUCUGAAACUUGAGAAAUGUUAAAAUUGGAGCACCUAUAGGCUAUGUUUAAAACUAAAUUUAUGUUAGAAUUUUAGGCUUCCGAUACUUCCUUGUUUUGACUCUGGAAGAUGAAGGUUUUUAUAAUGGCAACCAGUUAGAAAAAUUUGCUUAAACUAAGUUGAUAUAAUACAAACUCAUAGUGUUCAAUUAUGAAAAGCUUUCUGUUGAAAUAAUUAUCCAGAUAAUUGUCUUCAUACAUGAGCAAAUAUAGUAUGUUUGAGAAAUAAUGGUAGAUUCUAAAAUCCCAGGAAAUAACAUGAUUUAAUUUAUUCUUAAGGAUCUCAGUCAGAUUCUCCACAGCUGGUGGAGGAGGGUCUCUGUUAAAAAUAACUCCAUUGUUCUGGAUGUAACUAAUUAGGAAUUUGCAAUUAUCCAGGCAAGUCUAGGAUAAAGUUUGGCUUCCUAUUCUAUAUGAAAAGGUUUUACCGUAACAGAAGUUUAAAUAGAUCAUAGAGGGAAUAUUUACCUAAUUAGGAGGACAAAACACUUUAAGCACCUUGGAAAAAUCAAUUUACUUAAAAGCAGUGUAAAACUGCAGUAUGGGUUGAAGCUAGUUCUCCUAGUGCGCUUUUUCUUAGAGGUGCAGGACCGCCAUGAAAUACAUGUCAAUUUAUUCAGUGCUAUCACAUGAACUAGGAACAGUUUACCAGCAAAAGUUAGAACUAUAUUUUUGUAUGCAAAAUAAAUCACAACAAUAAACAAAUAUCCACCUCCCCAUCUCACCCCACCCCCACCAAUAGACUCCCAAAUAUGCCUGUUGAUUUGUUUUGGCGGUUUUCUGUUGCCAUUUGUUUUGCUACUUGCUGUCUCCUGUAAGCACUUGAUGGCAGAUUGGUAAGAGCAGGUGUUAAAGGUUUAAGGACAUCAUUAUUGCUUUUAGCUGCCCAUCUCCUCCUCCGUGAGUUUGGGCAAAGUUGUGGAAACUACUGCCAGUGGUAUUUAGGUAAGCUCAUUACACAGCCUCGUCUUCUGGUUUACUAAAGCAAGACCUUCUUGUUCCAGGUACUGUGUGAACUGACCCAUAAGAAAGGUAAAUUUCCUUUAAAAUAUCUCAAGUAUUUGCAUCCACUUACUCAGACAUGAGAUUUUCAAGUAUAUGACUUUUUAGGGUUCAGAUUGACAAGUUUUUAUGGUACAAGUUCUAAGUGUAGGAUCAUUAAUAUAUUUUUAGGGUAUUCUCCUUUUUCUCUUAUAUUUUAAAGUGUUAUUUUUAAACACAUUUUAUAUUUUCUAUUAAGUCGUUUAAGAGGAAAAUACUAAAUGUCUUCAGAUAUUACUGUUCCUGAUUUUUCUGUUGUGGUUUUUCUUGUAUCAGGAAAAAAAAUUUAAUUUAGGGUAAUAAAGGUAAACAUUAUUCCGAAUUAGUGAAUCAGAGAAUACUUAAGAGUACAUUGAAUUGGAACACUAGUGUAUUGUUGUUGGGAAUGUAAAAAGGUGCAGCUGCUGUGGAAAACAGUUUUGCGGUUUCUCAAAACGUUAAAUAUAUAAUCACCUAGCAAUUUCAUUUCUAAGUAUGUACCCAAGAUAAUUGAAAGCAGGGACUCAAACAGAUACCUGUACACCAGUGUUUAUAGCAGCAUAAUUUAGAACAUCUAAAAGGUGGAAACAACCCAGGUGUCCAUUCACAGAUGAAUGGAUAAACAAAAUGCGGUGUGUACAUACAGUGGAUUAUUAUUCAACCGUAAAAAGGAAUGAAAUUCCAGUACCUGCUACAAGAUGGAUGAACCUUGAAAACAUGCUGAGCGAAAUAAGCCAGACACAAAAAGACAAAUAUUGCCUGUUUCUACUUAUGUGUGGUACCUGGAAUAGGCAAAUUCAUAGAGAAGAAAGUAGAAUAGAGAUUACCAGGAGCUGGGGAAAGAGGAAUGGGUGUUAUAGUUUAAUGGGUACCGAGUUUCUGCUUGGGAUAAUGAAAAAGUUCUGGAAAUGAAUAGUGGCGAUGGUUAUACAAUAUUGUGAAUGUACUUAAUGCCACUGAACUGUACGGCUAAAAAUGGUUAAAAUGGCAAAUGUAUGUAUAUUUCAUCACAAUAAAAAAUUGAAAAAAAUUGAAGGAGAUUUAUUCCACAGGAUUUCAGCUUGCCUCUGUUUGCUCCCCCUUGGUCUGCUCCAUGUUGGUGUGUAGAUGUUUCCCCGCCCUCCCCACCUCCCAUUACAGAGUAAACGGAGAUUCUCCUAGGCCAGUUUUGGAGGUCAGAGUUUCCUUAUUUUAUUAACUGAGUUGAAUUUAAGAGGAGACUAUUUAAAAGUAGGAGAUCUCUGGAGGGAAAAG